CAUGAGAGGUACUGUUAAUCAAAACAAAAGAAAAACGACGUCGUAUUCACUUCGCUGUAGUUUGAGUUGUCUUUCGCGAAUCCAUGAAUUUUGGAUUCCUUCUCUUUCGUUCUGGAGCAAAGCAGUCGCUACCAUCGCUGGAGUAUGCGAGUAGACGGGAACCGUAAAAGCCUUUUUAUAUUGUAGACUGAUAAUGGUGAAGUGGAUCCGUCGAUUUGGAGAACCCAACGGUGGACUGUGGAAUCCGAGAACCGACCGGUGAAUUGUCGUAAGCUAAUAACGGUGAGUGAGUUCGUUCUCUCAUCUCUGGUAGCUUCAAUUGUAAUCUCUCGUUAUGUUUGGGUACAACUGGACCAAAAGAUUGCAAUUAGUGUUAUUUCCGUUGGGAAGAUUGAAUUGCCAUUUGAGAUUGUUGGAAAAGCAUGAAUCUUUUGUAAUCCCCAAAUCGUUUUCAUCGAGUAAUAAGAAGGCAUCAAUAGCAGCCCCGGAAGGGAAUCCACUGCCAUUUACAGUGUCUUACCUCGUAAAUUCCUGCGGGUUCUCCUUAGAUACUGCUAAAUCCUUGUCCAAGAAGGUCUGUUUUGAAAACCCUAAACGGCCGGAUUCUGUUCUUGAUUUUCUCAGAAACAAUGGAUUCACCAAUACACAAAUCUCAAAACUCAUCAGGUCGAUCCCCAGUGUGCUUUUAACUGACACAGAGAAGAAACUCUUGCCCAAACUUGAGUUUUUUAGGUCGGUCGGUAUUUCAGGAAGCGACCUUGCGGAUGUCUUCUCUGCAGGCGGGAAUUUCUUGGCCUGCAGCCUGAAGAAUCAUAUCAUACCCACUUAUAAUUUCUUGAAGAAGUUGCUUAAAGAUGAUGAUAAGGUUGUUGGUGCCUUAAAGCGUGCUGGGUACAUACGCCAUUCUGCUAACUUAAUAGCUCCCAAUAUCUUACUGUUGCAACAACUUGGAGUAGCCCAAUCCUCAAUUGCAAUGCUACUUAAUUUCCAUUCGUGUGUACUGUGCAUAAGAACUGACAAGUUUGAUAGAAGCGUCAAGAAGGUUGUCGAAAUGGGAUUUGACCCUUUGGACAUUAGAUUUGCCACCGCACUUGCUGCAAUUCUUGGGAUGACCAGUGAGUCAUGGGAACAUAAGUUGAAUGUUUACAAGAGGUGGGGUUGGACUGAAGAUGAGUUUCAUGCAGCUUUUAGACACAAUCCUUCAAUUAUGAAUUUGUCCCAGGAGAACAUUACAAGAAAAAUGGAUCUUUUUGUGAACAAGUUGGGUUUGGGACCUGCUACUGUCGCUAAAGGAUCAUUAGCACUGUGUUUUAGUAUGGAGAAGAGGAUCAUUCCUAGAUUUUCAGUGAUCAAAACUUUGCUAAUUGAAGGGUUAAUCAAGAAAAAACCUGCUUUGACAAGUAUUUUAGCUAUCACUGAUAAAUGCUUUAUGGAUAGGUUUGUGAUUGCAUACCAGGAGCAGGUGCCGCAACUGCUUGAUAUUUUUCAAGGGAAAGUGAAACUUCUCGAACUGGACUUUAAAGCUGAAGGAAUAUCUGAGGUUAAACUUUUGUCGAAUGAAGAAUGUCAAGUGUCUUAUCAGUAAUAAUCCAUUCUAUCCAUGCUAAUUGAAGAUCUUGGUGUCUUUGACCUCGACUGGAUAUGGAAAAUCAACUUCCUUGGAAUCUCUAUCAUGCCUUUGUUGUGGUUUUUAGCAGCUUUGUUUGCUCAUUUUUGAAUUUCUCGUAUUUUUAUAGAUUCAGUUUCUUAGCUUCCUGGUACAAAUUGCCACUUCAUUUCAUUUAUGAAUCAUCUCCAUCUCUGGGCAGCUCUUUGAUCAAAUUCUCAGAUUAGGUGCAGCAACUAUUUUACUAUCUUUCAAGGUAAAGUGAUUUUUUUUUUUUUUGAUGAGAGCUUUCUUAGUAGGUUUGUGAUUACAUACCAGGAACAGGUCUCACAACCUUUUGAAUCUUGCUGAAUCCGAGGUUAAACCAAUGUUAUGAAGCAUCUCAGUGUCUUCUCCAUACUAAUUCAAGAUCUUGACAUGUACUGCUGUGGGAAAUCUAUUUCCUGAAAAUCUUCAUCCUGGCUUUGCUGUGAUUGUUAAGUAGUCUUGUUUGUUUAUUUUUCCGCUCUCAUUGUUUUAAAUGUAUGCAUGGCUUAGUCUGAUAGAGAUGUAUAGGAAGGUGAGAACGACCUUGGUGACUGUUUAUUUAGAUACUGAUCUAUUAGAUGAGAACACAGGCUACUCAUAGUUGAUGCAUGGGCUGGGUAAUGGAUAUUAUUGUGUCGGAUUCAUGAACACAAGGGUAGAAUCACGUCAUGGUGUUUCCGGCGACCCCUGAGUUGACCGCCGCGACGGCGCUUAGCCUUGCGUCCAGGCUGGUGUAAAAGACUGCAGCCGUGGGCUUCAUGAGGGUGAGUCACCUGGUUUCACAGUCAUGCAACUCGGAGACCUGAAAAAGAAGAACAAGAUCGGGCCUGUACUUGGGUUGAUAUUGGGCUCUUUGGGCGGGCCACGUGCAAACGUGAAGUUAGGUUAGUUAGUGGGCCUUCCAAUCCGGAGCAAAGAGUUCCUUCGUUCGUGAAUGCUAGCCGACGAAUAGCAUAGAUGCCGCUUGAACGUUUGGAAGGUAUGGAAUCGGGAUGACAGACCGACCAGUGAAUCGUCCUAUGCAGAUAACGGUUUAUGAUUAGAUUCAUAAUCAGGUGCAACAACUGUUUGCUUGUCUUCUAUGGAAGGGCAAGUGAAACUUUUCGAAUAUUGCUAUCUGAAGGAAUAUCUGAGGCUUAACCAUUGUUCGCGCUUAUUGUUCACCUUAAGCGCGUCAUACCUGUUGAUGGAGCUGUAUAAGAAAGUUGAUGAUUACCAAGGUCUUGAUGAUGUUGUUCAUCUUUAGUUACUGUUUUAUUGAAUGAAGACCAAGGUCAAUUUCUUGAUGCUAGAACACGAGUCUGCUGCAUUCUUUUCUUCGUUGGUCUUUUUGGAAGAAAGUGUGUAUAUGCAAUUAAGUAAAAGUUAGGGGUGCAAAAAGGAAUAUUGGAAACUUAAUGUAGAAACUAGAAGGAAAGAUAUUCCUUUUGGAAGAAUAUAUGGGGAGGUUCUAUUUUGGAUUGGCAAGGAAGUGGCACUCUCCUCAUGUGUUGUAUUCAACUCCCAUCAAGAAUAAGCCCCACUUUUGUCUCUUGUUGUGGGACCUUCAUCUUCACUUAUUGAGUUUAAUAGUUGAUGAUAAAGAUUGUUGUUUGUUGA